AUGUCAUCCAUUAUCUACAUUGUCCGCCAUGCUGAAUCAGUCCACAACGUCUCCAAAGACUUCUCUCAUCGAGACCCACCCCUUACAGCUCUCGGAAUUACCCAAGCAUCUGAGGUAGCCAAAUCUUUCCCCAGCCCGGAUUCCGUGGCAGCGGUUGUCGCCUCACCCCUCAUCCGCGCGGUGGAGACGACCCUGGCGGCUUUCGCCCACAUUCUCGACAAACAGGUCGUUGGGGAUAGCGGCACAGAUAAUGGGGCCCGUCUCAUUGUCGAUCCCAACCUACAGGAACGUAGCACCUUAUUAUGCGACACAGGCUCUGACCGCGCGACGCUCGAGAAGCUGUUUCCGAAUCUGAAUUUCGGCGUACUCGGCGAUCAUUGGUAUGAAAAAGAGGGAGCUUACACCGCUGAUGAUGCGGCGGUCGAAGCACGUGCGAAAGUGAUGAGGGAAAGCUUACGCGAUCUAACUGAGGAAUUGGAGAAGAAGGGGAGUGCCGCUGAAGGGAAGAAAGACGUUAUUGUGGUGACUCACGGGGCGUUCAUGAAGUUUCUGGUGCAGGAUAAUACGAUUGACUUGCCAAAGGCAGGAUGGAAGGCUUACACAAUAGGGAAGCAGAAUGAUGGCGAGGUGACCCUUCUCCCUGUAGACUAA